UUGGUUUCAUAAUUUCAUUGUUGGCGAAUUUGUGUGAUAAUAUUUUGAAAUCAUCAUCAACAUCACUCAUCUCUCUGCCACCGCACCACACAUUAGAUCCUCCGCCGCCUCCCUCUCGCAACCAUCGCAAUUAUCACCUCUUUCAAACCCUCGCCUCCUAAUCGAUCCCGCACGUCCACCUUCUCAGUCCCUCCGUGUGCCCUAAACCAUGGACGAGGACCAAGAGAUGGAGAGGUUCGAAAUGGACAACGAUUUCGAAGAAGGCCAGUGGAUUAACGGCGAAUUCUACUACAAAAAGCGCAAAGAGAAGCGUACUCAGACCAGAGACGAUGUCCUCUACGGUGUUUUUGCCGGCUCCGACGAUGACGACGACGACGAUUAUUCCAGCAAGAAACGCAGGAAGGACCUUUCCAAGAAGCAGGACCUCACCAAGCCGGUAAAUUUUAUUUCUACUGGAACUUUUAUGCCGAAUCAAGAUGAUGUUGAUAACAAUAGAGAUUCUAAAGAACAUGGUGAGAAAGAUGGUUAUGUUAGUGAGGAUAGGCCAGGUUUAGGUCUUGGAAUGGGAUCUGCUUCCACUUCAGGUGCUGGUUUAGGGUUUACUAGUAGUAAUGGUGAUAGGAAUAAUGGUUCUGAUGAGAACAUUGAUGAUGGUGAUGAUCAUAAUUUUUUGCCUACGGCUUUUGGGAAGAAGAUUAAGGAAGGGGCGAUGCGGAGGGAGAGGGAAAGGGAGAGGGAGAAAUUGGAGAAGAAGAGGGGUCAGCGUCAGAGUUCGGAUCAAGAUGGGUUUGGUAAUGCGGGGAAAUUCUAUAACAAUGGAAUAGGGAUGAAGCUGUUGGAAAAGAUGGGUUAUAGAGGGGGCGGUCUUGGAAAGAAUGAGCAAGGUAUUGUGGCUCCUAUCGAGGUGAAAAUGAGGGCUAAGAAUUCAGGUAUUGGUUUUAGUGAUGCAAGGGAGGGGCCGCCACCACCGUUGCCUGUUUUGCAGCAACAGAACAAAAGCACGGUGGGAGCAGUGCAGCCUGCGGCUAGCAGAACAAAGGAGAGACUGUGGUCAAAGCAGUCACGGUUGAAGAAGAAGAAAGAGGAGGAAGUGUAUGUUACUGCUGAGGAGUUGUUGGCAAGCAAGCAAGAACAGAAUUUGGAGGUUGUUCAGAAGGUUUAUGAUAUGAGGGGGCCACAAGUUCGGGUUUAUACAAAUUUAUCUGAUUUAAAUGCCGAGGAGAAAGCAAAGGAGGAGGAUGUCCCAAUGCCGGAACUUCAGCAUAACGUUGGAUUGAUUGUUCGGUUGGCUGAGGCUGACAUUCAAGAGAUUGAUAGAGAUUUGAGGAGAGAAAGGGAGACAGCUCUCAGCUUGAAAAAAGAAAAAGAGAAGUUAGAAUCUGAAGCAGCAUUCCAAAAGCGUCAACUGGAUAAUAUGGAGGAAAUAAAUAGUGUCUUGGACCAAGUAGCCGAAGAGAGCACUUCUGGAACACUAACAUUAGAUUUCCUUGCUAGAUGCUUCAGUGACUUGCAUAAGAGAUAUGCCGAUAGCUACAAGUUGUGUAAUUUGUCCUGCAUUGCUUGCUCAUAUGCUCUUCCUUUGUUUAUUAGAGCGUUCCAAGAUUGGGAUCCUCUUCGAAAUCCAUCUGAUAGGUUGAAGUUGGUAUCUACGUGGAAGACCUUGCUUCAAGGAGAAGAAUGUCUUGAUAUAUGGGAUGUAUCAUCACCUUAUACACAAUUGGUUUCGGAAGUUGUGUUGCCAGCCGUCAGAAUAUAUGGAAUCAAUACAUGGGAGGCGCGGGAUCCUGAGCCAAUGCUACGAUUUCUUGAUUUGUGGGAGGAGUUGCUUCCUCCUUCAGUCCUCACUGCCAUAUUGGACAAUAUAGUCUUGCCAAAAUUGUCAGAUGCUGCAGGUAAGUGGGAACCACAUCGAGAGACCAUUCCUAUCCACACUUGGGUGCAUCCAUGGCUACCGAGGAUAGAGCACAAGUUGGAAGGUAUUUACCAGGUCAUUCGUUUUAAAUUGAGUUCUGUUCUUGGUGCCUGGCAUCCAAGUGACGCCUCUACAUAUACCAUAUUGUCUCCGUGGAAGACUGUCUUUGAUGCUGUAAGCUGGGAACAACUUAUGCUUCGAUUUAUUGUGCCUAAGUUGCAACUUGUCUUGCAAGAGUUUGAAGUCAAUCCAGCAAGUCAGAAGCUCGAUCAAUUUUUUUGGGUAAUUAAAUGGGCUUCUGUGAUUCCAAUUCAUAUCAUGGUGGACAUGAUGGAGAAGUUCUUCUUCACAAAGUGGCUUCAGGUUUUGUAUCACUGGUUGUGCUCAAAUCCUAACUUUGAAGAAGUAAUGAAGUGGUAUAAUGGAUGGAAGGAGCUUAUUCCAGAAGAACUAUUGGCAAAUGAAAGUAUCCGAUUCCAGAUUAACCGUGGUUUAGAUAUGAUGAGUCAGGCUGUUGACGGAAUGGAGGUUGUCCAACCUGGUUUGAAGGAGAAUAUCAGCUAUCUUCGGGUACGUGAGCAACGACAAUUUGAGGCUCAGCAGAAAGCAGCAAGCUAUGCUCAACAGCAAGCUGCUGCAGCAUUGAGUGGUGCCACCGCAGAUGGUGUGCAUGAUUUGAGCUUGAAAGAAGUCAUUGAGGCUCAUGCCCAGCAUCAUGGUUUGUUGUUCAAGAUUAAGCCUGGUAGAAUGCACAACGGUCACCAAAUAUAUGGAUUUGGUAAUGUCAGCAUAAUAAUAGACUCGCUACAUCAGAAGGUAUAUGCUCAACAUGAGGAAACAUGGUCCUUGGAAUCUCUUCAAGGAUUGCUAGAGUUGCAUAAUAAAUCCCUUGGUAAAAGACACUGAUUUCUGUAUUCUAGUGUAAUGUGAAGUAACAUCGUAGUUGGGAGGUACUCUUUCUCUCUAGGUUCCUUGUAAUUUUUUUUUUUCGCUUGAUUUAUAGUUUAGACCUGAGAUAUUUGGUUUAUUUGAAUGUAAUAGUUAUUUAGGAUGUU